GUUAGGUUUCGAGCAGGAAGCCAGGGGAUUAGGGGCUGGAUUUGGUCUUGCCAUGCUUUCUUCCUGCGUGCGUGCGUGCCCGUGUGUGGUGCUUGAGAGGCAGUGCGUGUCAUAGUUUACACCCUUUACUCCCUGCCCCUGGCCCUGGGGUACCCUUGGAUUUAUCGUCUCGCCCUGACCUCCUCUUCCAGGUGACUCGACUGGACAAGUUUAUUGGGGUGCAGAGGCUUCUUCCUUAAUUUACAGGCCUGGUUACUGAGCCAGUUCUCAGCCCAGGUGCCCAGACGCUCAAUCUCCGGCUCUUGGUUCUGGGUGCCUUUUGAAAAGGCUGGAAACCCCUCAGUAAUAAGAUCAGUAAGGCUCACUUACCCCACCUCAGAAAAUAAGCCCAGAAAUGUGACUUCAGUGCUGCGGACUCCAGAAAUAAUGCUUAAAAUAAAUUCUAAGUAAUCCUUUAAAAGGAUGCCUUUUCCAGUUCGUAUCAUGUUAGGAAUAGCAUAGUUUUCAUUUUAUAAUUGCCUUAUUAAAUCGAGUGAAUCAUCAGUUCACUUCUUUGUCCUCUAAUAUCUGAGAGUAGUCGCAGUCUGAAAGGCGGUGUGAUGAUGAAGUAUAAAAUGGUGUUACGUUUUCUAAGAGCCUCAAGGAACAUCUGGAGUGCUGUUAGACCCUUAAGCUAUUUAAACAAUGAAUAUUUCCCAGCUGUUUUGUGGUUUGUUACAGGAAUUUGUUUCUGAUCAUCUGAAGUCUCGACAUGUUGUCAGACUGCUUAGGAAAUUUUCUAAAAGUUGCAAGCACUCAUCUUCUAUAUUCAAGGUUAUGCCAGCAGUUCAUAAAUAAAAGGUUUUUUGGAACUGUGCCAACAUCCGGAUUGCACAGGAGGGUUGUCGUUACAGGGAUUGGCUUAGUGACUCCCCUCGGUGUUGGAACUCAGAUAGUAUGGGAUCGUCUUCUCCAGGGAGAAAGUGGAAUUGUUUCACUGGUUGGCGAAGCGUAUAAAGCUAUCCCUUGCAGUGUUGCCGCGUAUGUGCCAAGAGGUUUUGAUGAAGGUCAGUUCAAUGAACAAAGCUUUGUGUCCAAGUCGGAUGUCAAGUCCAUGUCUUCUCCCACCGUCAUGGCCAUUGGGGCAGCAGAAUUAGCCCUGAAAGAUUCCGGCUGGCAUCCUGAGUCAGAAGCCGAUCAAGUGACUACUGGUGUCGCCAUUGGGAUGGGAAUGAUUCCCCUCGAAGUUGUUUCUGAAACUGCUCUGAUGUUUCAGACAAAGGGAUACAAUAAAGUGAGUCCAUUUUUUGUCCCUAAGAUCCUGAUUAAUAUGGCAGCAGGCCAGGUCAGUAUCCGACAUAAAUUCAAGGGCCCUAAUCAUGCAGUUUCCACAGCCUGUACUACAGGAGCUCAUGCUGUGGGAGACUCUUUCAGAUUUAUAGCGCAUGGUGAUGCUGAUGUCAUGGUGGCUGGAGGUACAGAUUCUUGCAUUAGUCCUUUAUCUCUCGCUGGGUUUUCUAGAGCCCGUGCUCUAAGCACAAACCCAGAUCCUAAGGUGGCUUGUCGGCCGUUUCAUCCCAAGAGGGAUGGUUUUGUAAUGGGAGAAGGUGCAGCUGUGCUGGUGCUGGAAGAAUAUGAACAUGCUGUUAAAAGAAGGGCCCGGAUCUAUGCGGAAGUUCUGGGCUAUGGACUCUCAGGUGACGCUGGUCACAUAACGGCCCCUGAUUCUGAAGGAGAAGGUGCCUUAAGAUGUAUGGCUGCUGCUAUAAAAGAUGCAGGUGUACAACCGGAAGAGAUAACCUAUGUCAACGCACAUGCGACUUCUACACCAUUGGGAGAUGCUGCAGAAAACAAAGCUAUCAAGCAUCUCUUCAAAGACCAUGCGUAUGCCCUUGCAGUUUCCUCGACAAAGGGAGCCACAGGACAUCUGCUGGGUGCUGCAGGCGUAGUCGAGGCAGCUUUUACUGCACUGGCUUGUUACUAUCGAAAACUGCCGCCAACUUUAAACCUGGAUUGUACAGAACCAGAAUUUGAUCUCAAUUAUGUUCCUUUAAAGGCACAAGAAUGGAAAACUGAUAAAAGGUAUAUUGGACUCACCAAUUCCUUUGGUUUUGGUGGUACAAAUGCAACACUUUGUAUUGCUGGCAUGUAGGAGAAGUAUGUAUGUAUGUAAUUAAAUAUUGGUUUUUUAAAUGU